AGCUAUCAUUCAUGUAAAACGCGUCGCUAUUAAAUAACAAUAAUAAUUCGUUAUCCACUAUCAACAACAACAUUAUGGCAUAAGUAGAUAUGGGAAAUGAGACUCCAACUGAUAUAAAAAGGAGCGUCAGUCAAGAAACUGAGGAAACGUAACUAACAUUCACCGAGUCCAAACAUCUCAGUAAUCAGAAAAAUGGCAACAACCAAGUUGUUCGUAGUCGCACUCCUGGUGGUGGUAGUUGCAAUACAAAUUAUGGAGUCCGAAGCAGUAGAAUGUCCGUCCCUCCGCCACCCUUAUGGAAGCAGCAGACUAUGUGGUCAGCAGUGUGGCAGGUUCUGCAGUCUGCAGAAUUGUGCAAAGAAAGCUUGUAAUGGAGGAGAUUGCUCUUGUAAAAGAAAAUAGGCUAACUUAAACUGUUCCACGAUGUUUUUAUGACCAAUACACUCUUUUUCACAAAA